AGUUUUUGAAACGGGAACAGAGGGACCUUUGCCCUGCUUUCAGUCAGGAAAAACAAGAAGAGUAUAAAUAGGAGGAGCCGUGUGGGAGAGGGUUGUUUUUGUCUUCGACCAGCUCAGAAAGUAUCGCCGCUGAAGUCUCUCAAGUAAAACAAGUUAGUGGGUCUGUUGUUUGGAGUCAUGUGGAAGGCUCUCAGCCUCACCCUGGCUCUCUGCCUGCUGUCGGGCUGCAGUGCAGAGAGCGAAACAGAAGGAGCCCGCUGCAAACUUCCUCCCGUGUGGACGAUCGGAGAGGAGGAGCCCAUGAAGAACUCUCUUGGACGUGUGACAGUGGUGGCUUAUCUCCAGGCCAGCUGACUGUUCUGCUUGGAGCAAGCAUCGAAGCUCAACGACUUGCUCCUGAAGUUAGAGAACCAAAGUUAUGUAAACAUUAACUACAUGGUGGUAAACAACCGAGACGAAAAGUCCCAGCAAAUGCACCACUUGCUCAGAGAAAGACUGAUGAAUAUCACCCUCUACGCCCAAGACCUCAGUCAGCCGGAUUUGUGGCAGGCAGUAAAUGCUGAGAAGGAUGACAUCUUGGUCUAUGACAGGUGCGGCCGACUCACUUACCAUCUGUCUCUUCCCUACACCAUCCUGAGCCACUCGCACGUGGAGGAGGCCAUAACACGUACUUAUUGUGAUGCUAUUUGUGGAGAAUGCAGCGUUGAGAGCUCACUGCAACUUGAGCAGUGCAAGAAAUCCACAGAUGAGAAUACACCAGCAGAGGGAGAACAGCAUCCCCAUCACGAACAUCACGGUCACGAAGGGCAUUCCCCCGACGGCGUGGAGAGGCACAGGCAUCAUCUUCACCAUCAUCCUCAUCAUCAUCAUCACCACCACCACCACCACGGCCAACAACAGGUUGAUCUGGGUCAGCAGAUCCUGACUCAGCUUGACUUCGGUCAGGCGGCCGUUCAGCCACCAAUCAUGAAACGGCCUUGAGCUAAGCACGCUAGGUGAAGAGUUGAGUACAGCUGACAGCAGGGGGCAGACGCUCCAGCCGCCAGCUGAUGCUGACACUGACGACAGCUCUUUGGCGACAGCAACGGGCGCGUGGCAGGCCUCUGACACUGUGAGGGGGCUCUUCCAGCCUCCUGACGCUGACAGGGCCUGAAGGAGGACAACCACGUCAGGGAGACCUGACAGUGACGUCCCGUUCCAGAAGCUGAAUGAGAGCUGUCACAAAAAGCCUGAGUCUGACCAGCAGGGGACGCUAGUUGAGUAUGACAGGAGAAGUAAACAGGGCCGUUGGCUUUGUAACAAUCUUGUCUGCUCACUAAUAGCUUCACGUAAACAUCAGUGAACCCCACGUUGCUGGUCAACGCUUUCGGUUAAUUUUACCAACUAGUAUUUACACCUCAGUGUGUGGAGGCACUGGACCUUGGCAUCCCAUUCAGAACAAUUGGCGAAUUGGUUAUUGUUAGAAGGAAGAUAAAUCCUUCAUGAACAUCUAAACGUACUGUAAAUUUCAGUUAAAAACGAUAAUGGGUCCAGUGUCUGUUUGUUUCUGAGAGUGUGUUAGGUUCAUCAUGUUAGUGUCUCUUCACCUCUAGAUGCUUCGUGUGGCCUUUAUGAAGGCAGGUGCGGAAACUAUGCACUAGUGGCGUCUGUUUGAUGUUAGGCCACACAGAGCAGAGGGCAAAGGUCAUGUAACAUCCUGUAACCAUUAUUAUACCCAGUCAAAACUAUCCUAUAUGAAAAUUUGGGGUAUUAAAAUCUCUUUUCUUUUUUUUUCUCGUUGUUCUGGUAUUCAGAAAGAUGUUUUAGUUUUGCUGUGUGGAGACAGAGGUAGUAAAGUAGACAGGGAGAUUCUGAUUUAAAUGUUUUAUCUUAAGGACCAAACACUGUUGAAUUAUCUAGAAUCUUUAUAGGUAUUUUUCUAUAGUUGCUAGAACAGAUGUUGUAAGGGAACUGUAAAAUGCAUUUCAUGUUUGGCAUUACAAAAAUGUUAAUAGAUCAUAGGGAAGUGCACAAAAAUUGAAAAUAAAAUAAAAUUAAAAUUCACUACACAUUUAUUGGAGUGGAAUUUGUAUACUUAAGGGAGUAACUGGAAAAAGGUUAAGUCGUUGUUAUCUUGGGAAAGAUUUUUUGAAACAUUUUACAUACUUAAUGAAGGUCUUCUGGAAAAUCUAGUAUAACCUAGAAGACAUGAGAAACUGUAUGAAAAAUGUAUGCUGUGACAUAAGAAUGUGAAACGCAUGUGAAAUGUAAUAGAGGAAAAAAUAUGUUACUCAGAUAAACUGAAAUAAAGAAGAAAAAAAAGG